AUUUUCCAUAACACGGCUGUAUAUUUUCGUUCUUUCACGCGAUCGAAUUCCAUCUGUUUAAAACACAAAGUGUAAGGAGUGCAAACAAGUGCAGACAAGUGGGAGCGAGUGUUGCGAUCAGCUGUUCGGAGAUGACAGCUGAGUCAGUGCGUUGCAACGACGCGGCCCACGAUGAAACGAUCAUGAAUAGUACUGUGUUCACGUGCUCGAUAGAAGAAACGACCGGCUGAAGAAUGGCCACGAGGAAUCUGACCGAUCCGUUUGUCCUGAUGCGAAACAAUGCUCUUCAGACCAAACACAUCUAUGCCGAACAGAACAUCACCGAUCGCGUGGCGUUGGUGGAAUCGGACUCCGGCGAUUCCGACAGCGUCGAGCUGAAGGGCAUAAACACGGACAGCGGAGCGCCGCCUGCUUGGACGGACGCCUUGGAGGAGACGCAGUACGUCCUGAGCAGACUACGCGUGAAGAUAGACAGCCUGGUCGAGCUGCACUCCAAGCAGCUCACCAGGCCGACUUUGGACGACACGUCUCAGGAAGAGAGACAAAUGGAGCAACUUACGCGGGAGAUCAGUCGUGGCUUCUCCAACGGCUACAGGCAAGUACAAACGAUCAAGUCGGCCGGUAGACACGAGACCAAACCAGCGGGACGUCGACUGGCUGCCAGUGCAGUGAUAGCCCUUUCAACUGCCUUACAAGAAUUAGGUCUUCGAUAUAGGACAGCACAGAAUCAUUAUUUAACACAGGUGAAGUCGAGGGAAGAGAGGAACAGCCAGUUCUUCGCGGAAGACCAGUCUCUCUUAGAGAGUGUGGCUGCAGACCCCUGGUUGGCGGAAUCGAACGAGGCUGCCGCCGAAUACUGGCCGAGGGACGAGCGGAGGCAGGAGUCGGUUCUGUUGCAACUGGAGGAACCUGAGGACAGGAUGAGAUUAGCGUUGGAAAGGGAGGAACAGAUUGGCAGUAUAGUUCAAAGUAUAGCAGACUUAAAAUAUAUUUUCAAGGAUCUUGCAGUAAUGGUGGAGGAUCAAGGUACUGUUUUAGACCGGAUCGAUUAUAACAUCGAGCAAACACAAGUGCAAGUGCAGGAAGGCUACAAACAGUUGAAGAAAGCCGAUUCGUAUCAGAAGGCUAACAGGAAGCUGUACUGCAUUGUGAUUCUCGCGGCUGCUGUUAUAUUGCUUAGUUUUCUAUUAAUCAUAUUUAAGACGUAGAGAGAUAAGUAUUCACAAUUAAAAUUUAUGUGGAAGAAUAUUGAUAUAACGUGCCUGUGGGUGCAAAUAUCAUCGUGUUCCGUAAAAUGAAACAUCUCUAUAGAACCUGUUGCAAUGAUGGGAAAGCUAUUUUUCAAGACUGCGACUUUUUCCAAGUGUUACGCCAACGACGAAACAACGUAUUUAAAUGUCUAUUUUAAUCUAUUCAUUGAACGAUUAAUCUGAUAAGAAUAUUUAAUGAUGUGUGAAUGUGGCAUUAAUCGUUUUAAUUGAUGUUAAUAUUGCUUCGUAAUUCACAAUUUUAACACAUAACUUCUAAUAUUGCAACGCGUGCAAAUUUGUUUCAAAAUGCGCCAAGCGCGUUUGGAUUCUUAUAAUGUAUAUUACACGACAAACACAAAUUUGCAUAUGUUGUAUAUAGAUUUGUAUAAAUUAAUAGAAUAAUUUAUUUACCUGAACUUAUA